GGAGCAGUCGACCCAGAGGACGGAGGCUGAGGGGGAGCAGCCGCCAGAGAAUCCGAACGUGGAGUCAUUUGGACAUCAGCGAGUGAAGAAGACAGUCAGCGUCUAUCAUGGCUGUCAACAUCCCCGGAGUGAUAGCCAUGGUGUUUUUCUACCUGCUGGUCCUCGGGACCGGCAUCUGGGCUUCUUUCAAGUCCAGAAGGAAACAGCAGAAAAAUGCAGCGUCUGGAAUGGAGAUGACCCUGCUGGGAAACCGCAGCAUUAACUUGGUGGUGGGGAUCUUCACAAUGACAGCUACCUGGGUCGGAGGAGGCUACAUCGUUGGAACAGCUGAGAUGAUAUACACGCCCUCCAUGGGACUGAUCUGGGUGGUCGUGAUGAUACUGGCGUUCAGCUCAUGUUUUGUUAUCACUGGUUUGGUGUUUGUGAAGCCGAUGAGAGAAAAAAACUGCCUGACGAUGUUGGACCCUUUUCAUGUCAAGUAUGGAAAAGAACUGACAGCUGGACUGAGCGUGGCUCCGAUUGUUAGUGAUUUGCUCAUGGUGACGGCAACACAGAUUGGUUUAGGAGGAACCAUGAGUGUGGUCCUGGAUAUGCCUUACACUGUGUGCAUUUGGAUCUCCGCUGCGGUCGCCAUUACCUACACACUGCUGGGAGGUCUCUACUCUGUGGCCUACACAGAUAUUAUACAGCUUGUGCUCAUAUUCGUCAGCCUGUGGGUGUGUGUUCCCUUCGUCCUGAUGAACCCACACUCCUUGGACAUUGGGCAGACAAUGAUGAACAACACCUUACACGCUCCCUGGAUUGGCACACCGGGGUCGGAAAAGGCCUGGAUAAUGAUUGAUCAGUUCUUAUUCUUUGCACUGGGGAGUGUGGGAUACCAGUUUGUCCAUCAGAGGACCUUGUCGGCAUCUUCCACAUCCACAGCCAAGAUCUCCUGCUUUGUUGCUGCUUUCAUGUUGCUUGUAUUUGGGACACCUCCCAUACUGCUUGGGGCAACUGCUGCAUCCACAGACUGGAACCUGACCUCCUAUGGUUCUCCAUCUCCAUACGAACGUGGGCAAGCGGCCUUAAUUCUGCCCAUCACCCUGCAGCACCUCACCCCGCCCUUCGUCUCCAUUAUUGGCAUUGGAUGUGUGGCUGCUGCCGUGAUGUCAUCUGCUGACUCUCUGAUGCUCUCUGCAGCUUCUGUCUUCUCCUCCAACAUAUACAAGAACAUCCUGAGGCCUCGGGCCUCAGACAGAGAGAUCCAGUGGGUGAUCCGUGCCUCUGUGUUGGUGGUAGGCUUGGUGGGCACAUCACUGACCAGCCUGCAAAACAGCAUGUUAGUUUUUCUGUUCAUUUCCAACGAAGUGGCCUACAUCGUAAUGUUCCCUCAACUCGUCUGCAUCCUCUUCUUCAACAUCUCCAACGGUUACGGAGCUAUCAUGGGCCUCCUGGUGGGAUUUACACUGAGACUGCUCAGUGGAGAACAAACGUUAGGAUUAGAGCCAGUCAUACACUUCCCAGGAUGCACUCUUGAGGACGGUGUUUAUAUCCAGUACUCUCCAGUGAAAACCAUCUCCAUGCUGUCUGGCUUUGUCGCCAUCUUGUUGUUCUCCUACCUUGCGUCUGUGCUCUUCAACAAAGGCCUGCUUCCUGAGAAGUGGGAUGUGUUCAACGUGAAAGUGCAGAACUCGCCACAGCCACUGACACAGAAAGAUGACGGCGCAAAAUAUAAUGAGAGGGAGAAACUGGAUAUAAACAACUAUCAGACGGAGGCGUCAGAGCCAAUGAUUAACACGAGCUGUUAGUGUUUCUGUGUACAGUAGAAUCUGUUUCCUGAAACAUUAAAUACACCAAAUACAAGUGUACAGCUCAAAGUAUAUCACUCUGGAGACUCCUGCAUUCAAAGGAUUUUUCUUUUACUGAUCAGAUCAUCAUAAUUUUUAUUUGCUCUGAGAACGUUUGGAGUUCAAGACACCCAAGGAGGAUCCUUUGGAGGUUUGAUGGUGGUGGAAGGAGCAUGCUAACAUGUUUCCUAACCUGGCAGUGAUUGAAUGUUUUCACCAUCCAGUCAAAGAGACGUCCAAUUCAAGAACGGAGAACCAGCUUCAUGUGAGGGACUGGAGCCUGGGGGGGGGGUUUGAUCACGGGUCGGGUCGGGUGGCAGGACUUUUAUUAACAGGUGUGGGCAGGUGCGGGUUGUCGAAAGUGGACCCUUGCAGACUCUCUGCUACAGUUGGCCUUUGGGACAAAUCGGCAGCAAGGUGUAAUGACUAAUAUAUAAGUACCUCUUUGUCAUUUUCAUUUAUGAUUUAUAGGCUCCUUUGUGUUUGUUGUUGGUAUUUUCUCUGUUGUACUGAUAUUGAUUUAUUCUUUUAUUUCAUUUAUUCCUUUUCAGUUUUCCAUAUUUUGGCUUCAAAUUCUACAACAAUCACUUGCAUUUAAAUGAUGGCAAUGUUCUACGUUCAUAGCUGCAGUGGUCUUUUGUCUUCUCUGCUUGUUCCAGCUUCUUUUUAAACCUGUGCAAGAAUUAUAUUUCACACAAGAAUGAACAACAACAUGGCUCGUAUGAUGACCAAAUGUCCCAGUGUUGUCUGCAUCAGCCAAGAUAACGCUCUCAGUUUAGCAGUGCAGACUGUACGGCCAAUUUAUCUGGAUCACUUAGAUAGAGAUAUUCUGUGACAUGGUGUCUGUCUUCACUGAAAAUAGAGUUAUUAAAAUAAAUAAAGGGGACAUUUUGCAGAGCUGAAGGAAACGUUGAGCAGAAGAGUAUCAGAAUGAAAAAUCAACAGAAAGUUGUUUCCUCUUGAGUUGCUGUCUCUAAUUCUUCUCCCAUCUCUCACUGGGGAAGACGGUCAGCUGUUAUUUUAAAUGAUCCCUCAGUGCAUGUCAGUAAAUUCCUCAGAUGCAACAAUCUGAUUUUAUGUGAUCCAAACAGCUUCACUUCCCUCUUCCUCCAGCAGAGGGCACUGCAGCUUUCUCAUUAGACAGAGAGGUGGGAGAAGAAGACCAGGUGGACGGAGAGGCGAUUAAAAACAGAGAUGAACUUCUCAGUAUCCACUGUGUGAUGCUCUGAUCCAGGGCUGUUCAAUUACAAAGUCUAUCGGGCCGGAUUUAAGAACCAGAAAAUGUCGAUGGGUCAGAUGAGCAACCUGUUGAACUUUUGUUUUAUUAUUUUAAAGAAAUGUAAAUGAAUAUAGUUAAAGUAUCAAUGUUUAUUAUUUCCCAUUUGAAAUAAUAUAUAUAUAUAUAUAUAUAUAUAUAUAUAUAUAUAUAUAUAUAUAUAUAUAUAUGUACACACACACACACACACACACACAUCUGCCAAAGGAGCAUCAUCAAUGCAGAAACUGAAUAAGAAAGAGCUAUCAGUGCACAGAAGUGUAACAGGUGGCAUUAACACUAACAUGGAAUUUAUACUUCUGUGUUAAAUUGACGCCGUAGCUGCAGCGUAUGCUCUGCAUCAACAUGGAGCCUACACUGUAGCCCGACGUGCACCUCCCCAGAAAUGUAACUGCACAGUGUCACAGUGACGCAGACCUCCUGUCUGUCUCUGUAAGCUGAAACCAUUUCCCUCAGUGGAAACAAAGCUUUGAUUUACUUUAAUUUCACAGACAAGAAACAAUAAAUUGUGAAGACAAUAAAGCCUCCACUAAA